AUGCCGAAGAACAAGGGCAAAGGAGGCAAAAACAGGAGAAGAGGGAAGAGCGAUAAUGACUCGAUCAAGCGUGAGAUAGUUUUCAAGGAGGACGGGCAAGAAUAUGGACAAGUUUUGCGCAUGCUUGGCAACGGCCGGUGCGAAAUCCACUGCUUCGAUGGACAGAAGAGGCUUGGACAUAUUAGAGGAAAGAUGCGGAAGAAAGUGUGGGUAAAUGCGGGCGAUAUCGUUCUGGUCGGUUUGCGGGAUUUCCAAGACGACAAAUGCGAUAUCAUUCUCAAGUAUUCUGCUGAUGAGUCUCGUGCGCUCCAGCGCAAGGGCGAACUUCCGGAUAACAUUGUUCUGAAUGAAGCAACGGAUACUGGGGAUGGAGCUGAAGUCGAGUUUGAGGUCGACUUUGACGAAGAGGAAGAGGUUGCGAAGCAGCCAGCACGCGGGGCCAUGCCUGAACUCGACAUCGAUGACAUUUAA